CUUUAAACAUUAAAUUGUUUUCCUUCGAUAUAAACAAUUAAUUAAAAUUCCAAGCACACACAUUUAAGAAAAAGAAUACCAACAUCCGGUACGUCAAACAAAAAACGGAAACCAAAUACCACAAACACCGCGUUACUCACCAAAAACGUAUUACAACGAGAUAUAGAAGCUUAAAAUAAUAGAUUUGUGCCACAAUUACAAAAUGUUUCUAAUAAGUGUGUUCUAUCUUUUAAACGUGAUUUUUGUGAGCGCCAAUAAUAAUAUUGAUUGUGAGAGUUUAAUAACUUGUAAUAAAUGUAUUCAACAGUUUAAUUGUAUGUGGUGUUCGGAGCCGAUUAACAUUGAACAUAAAAAAUGUCGUUUAGAUACAAACGAUCAAAAUUUAACAUCGAAAUGGUGUUUACCAGAAAAAUUAAUGCGUCCUAAACAAUCCGUUGAAAUUAUAAACGAUAAAAAUUUUAACGAUGGAAAAGAUGGUGUUGCAGUUCAAUUAAAACCGCAAUUAAUAAAUUUAAAACUACGUCUAGGAGAAUCGUUUAAUCUGCCUUUUCAAUAUUCAAGGGCUGCUAAUUAUCCGGUUGAUCUUUAUUAUUUAAUGGAUAUGUCACAUUCGAUGAUUAAUCAUAAGGAGAAUGUAGCAAAUUUAGGGAAAAAAUUAGCUGAAGUUAUGGUUAACAUUACGACCGAUUUUCGUUUGGGAUUUGGUACUUUUGUUGAUAAAACGAGUGCACCUUUUAUAAGUAUGCAUCCAUAUAAGUUAAAUAAUCCAUGUACGAAACGGAUGGAAGCUGGAAAAUUUAAGUGUAUUAAACCAUACAGUUAUAAAAACUAUUUAAGUUUAACUAACAACACAAGCAUAUUUUCACAAAAAGUACAAUCAGCAAGGCCAUCAAGCAACGUUGAUAGUCCAGAAGGUGGUUUUGAUGCUUUAAUGCAAGCAAUAGUUUGUAAAAAUGCUAUUGGGUGGAGAGAAGAUGCAAGGCAUCUUUUAAUAUUUUCAACGGACGCCGAAUCUCACAUUGCCGGAGAUGGUAGAUUGGCCGGAGUGUAUUCCCCAAACGACGGCCAAUGCAGAUUAAACAAUAACGAAUAUUUAUUAAAUUUACAAUAUGAUUACCCAUCAGUUUCCCAUUUAAAUCACAUAGCAAAAGAAAAUAACAUCAUCGUAAUUUUUGCGAUCGCCAAUACCGUUAAAACGCGUGUAAAAAAAUUUUAUGAAAAUCUAAUCAAACACAAAUUGUUCGAAAAUUCGAAACUUGGAAUUUUAGAUGAAAGUUCAAACAACAUUCUUAAAUUGAUUGUGGAUAAUUACGAAAAAAUUGUUGAUUCGGUUUUAAUAACAUCAAACGCCUCAAAAUCGGUUGAUAUCACCUACAAAUCAUCGUGUGGACAAGAUAAUAGUUGCACAAACAUUCAUAUCGGGGAUGUUAUUAAUUUCACAGCGACAAUAAAACCGACGGAAUGCAAAUCGGAAGUUAUCCAAUUAAAACCUGAAGGUGUUGCAGAAUCAGUUUUAAUCAAUCUAACCGUUAUAUGCGAAUGUGAAUGCGAAAAACCUGGUCAUUCCGGAUUUAUUCCAUCAUCUCCGAAAUGUUCCGGAAAAGGAUCCGAGGUUUGUGGCGUUUGUCAAUGUGAUCAAGGUUAUUUUGGAAACACAUGCGAAUGCGAUAACAACAAAAUCAUCAAUAUCAACACAACCGUUUGCCAGAAAGACGAAAACAGCCCGGUUUGUUCAAACAAUGGCAUUUGUAAAUGUGGUACUUGCAUAUGUGACAAAUCAAUGUAUGGGAAAUAUUGCGAAUGCAAUAAUUAUUCUUGUAAGCGACAAAAAGAAUUGUUGUGUUCCGGAGAGGAUCAUGGCCGCUGCGAUUGUGGUGAAUGUAAAUGUUUUCCGGGAUGGAAAGGAGAUGAUUGCGGAUGUUUAGAUAAAGAUGAUUUGUGUAUUUCACCAAAUGGAAAUGGACAAAUUUGUUCUGGACAUGGUACGUGCGAAUGCGGACAAUGUGUAUGUAAAAACGAUGAAAAUAAAUAUUUUGGGAAGUUUUGUGAGGAGUGUCCAAGUUGUGAAGGUCAAAGAUGUAACGAUCUUCGUCCAUGCGUUGAAUGUCAAAUAUUUAAAACAGGAAUUUACAAUCAAAUUGAAUGCAAAAAUAAAUGUACAGAAUUCAAAGCCAGUGAAGUAACCAAAAUACGCGAAGACAACGAAGAUCUCGAUAUUAAGAUAUGUUCCGUAUUCGAUAAUGUUAACUGCACAAUUUUGUUUCAAUAUAAAUACAAUUUGGAGAACGAACUCGUGGUUGAAGUUCAAACUGAAAAGAGAUGCUUCACGCCUUUAGAUCUAUUUGUAAUCGGACUUAGCAUUCUUGGUAGCGUAAUUUUGAUUGGAAUAAUUACACUUAUCAUAUGGAAAAUUGUCACAACAAUUCAUGAUAAAGCGGAGUAUGAAAAGUUCGAAAAAGAACGUCAGGAAUCGAAAUGGAACCCCGGAGAGAAUCCGCUUUAUGUCGAAGCCACCAGAACAUUUCAAAAUCCGACGUACAGAUUUACAUAAUAAAUUGUAAUAAUUAUAGAACGCCAAUAAAAAUUUAGAUUUAA